CCACGUUUCUUCUUCAGUAUUUUGGGAAGAACCAGCAGCAGCGGAAAGGAGGAGAGGAAAAAUGGUUUCUUUGAAGCUCCAGAAGAGGCUUGCAGCCAGCGUUCUCAAGUGCGGGAAAGGAAAGGUUUGGCUAGACCCAAAUGAAAGCAGUGAACUCUCCAUGGCCAAUUCCAGGCAAAACAUUAGGAAGUUGGUUAAAGAUGGAUUCAUCAUCCGCAAGCCAACCAAGAUUCACUCUCGAUCUCGUGCACGAAGAAUGGCAGAAGCCAAAUCGAAGGGUCGUCACUCUGGAUACGGUAAGCGUAAGGGUACCAGGGAGGCAAGGUUGCCCACCAAGGUUCUUUGGAUGAGAAGGAUGCGUGUGCUCAGGCGUUUACUCCGCAAGUACCGAGAAUCAAAGAAGAUUGACAAGCAUAUGUACCAUGACAUGUACUUGAGGGUGAAGGGUAAUGUCUUCAAGAACAAGAGAGUGCUGAUGGAAAGUAUUCACAAGUCUAAGGCUGAGAAGGCAAGAGAGAAGACAAUUGCUGACCAGUUUGAGGCUAAGAGGGCUAAGAACAAGGCAAGCAGAGAAAGAAAGCAUGCCAGAAGGGAGGAGAGAUUAGCUCAGGGACCUGUUGACAAGGCACCUGCUGCCGUUGCACCUCCACCAGCUGCCGAGGUGGCACCAAAGAAAGCCAAGAAGUGAGACACUACUGUGGUGAACAUCUUAGGUUGGUAGAACAACUUGGUUUUGUCAUAGUAGAGUUAGAUUUUUUGGGAGCCUUUCUUUUUACUGUUUUUGUCUAAUACUGUUGAGUAGUAAAAGAUUAAAGAUGCUCAUAUUUUGGAAAUCUUUAUACUCCGUUGGAGUUGUAGUUAUUCUGUUUGUGUUGAGUAAUGCUCUGAGAUCUUUUUACUGUUUAUUCCUUUAUGGUAAUGGAUGUAACAAUGUGCACGACCAUGUUGAGGAGCAUUAUCUGAUGCAUUGAUGAAAUAACCUGUCUUUUCA